AAAGUGUUGAGAUUCUAAAUUUUUGAGUAUCAAAAUUUCCGCGAAAAGAUGUAAAUUUCGAAUCAUAAAAUUCCGACUGGCCUAAAGUCUAGAAGAGCAAUAUCAUGAGAAGAAUUUUUAUAUUCUACUGCCCCACAGAAAUCAAGUGGAAAACAGUUUGGCAGAAGUUCGUGCUUAGUGAUGCGUACGGUAAUGCGAGAAAUGACUAGAUCUAGAGUACACCUAUCCGUAAAAUACACUUUCUAACCCGGAAGUAGAAAAUGACAAAUCAGGAUUAUCGACAUAUGGUACCAGAACUUCGUGAAAAAUUUCAAGAACAAUUUGCAGAUCAAUUAGCACUAGAUGCUUACGAUGAACGAGACGUCGAGCGGUUCAACAACGAUGACGUUUAUGCACAUUGCUUCAUGAAACACCACAAGGGAAACAUAGAUGGAGCCGUGAGCAUGGUUGAUACAACACUGAAGUUUCGGAAAGAGUUGGAAAUCAAUGAUCUGACUGAUAAGUCUUUCCCAGCAGAGUGGCUAGAGAGAGGUGGAAUAUACUAUCACAACCAUGAUAAAGAUGGACAUCCCAUAAUGUUUUUCCGAAUAAAAUUUGUGAAGAAAGACCCACAGAUGCUACCAACUGCAAAGAAGUUUCUGGCAUACUGGAUGGACAAACACCAUAGACAAACCCCUGAUGUACAAGUUGUUGUCCUCAUGGAUAUGACUGAUGCUGGCCUCAGCAAUAUGGAUUUGGACCUCAUUAAGUUCCUCAUUACCUGCUUCACCUCAUAUUAUCCAUACUUCUUAGCAUACCUGCUGAUGUAUGAAAUGCCCUGGAUACUAAAUGCUAUCUGGAAGCUUAUUAAAUCGUGGCUCAGUCAGGAAGAGCAAGAGAGUGUCAAAAUGGUGAAGAAAAAAGAAAUCCCGCAAUAUAUAGACCCUAGUCAACUCUUAACUUAUAUGGGUGGAACAGACACAUAUGAGUACAAAUAUACUCCCCCUGAACUAGAGGGGAAUGGGGAUGUCAUGCAUGAUGUGGAGACCUCAAGCCUUGAAUCCAGUCUUACUAGCAGCAUAAGCAACCCAGCAACUAUUCACAAUACUAGUCUAGCUAGAAAAAGGGUAACAUUUUCUGAGAAGGAUCAAUAUACAAGUUUCUCAGCAGAGCAAGGGGAUUCAGAUGUUAGUUCAGGUGGAACAUCAAAGGGAGACACAUUGCUUUCACUAAAUGUCACAGAAGAGAUGGAGUUCAAUGUCAUUGAUCCAACUAGAGAAACCAAGUUUGUGCUGGUACUAAGUUCAGGACAUAAACAUUUAGCUUUUAAGGUAAAAACAACAUCGCCAGAGAGAUACAGGGUGAAACCAAGCUCUGGUCUUAUAAAACCUGACCAAUCAGCAGAUGUGAAUAUAUUCCUCCAGCCAGGAGGUCAUACUGCCGUAUCAAGGGACAAGUUCUUGAUUAUGGGUAUGGAAAUCGCAGAUGACGUAACAUCUGUAUCUCAGGUAGCUUCACAAUGGAAGACAACACCAAAGGAAGAAAUUGAAGAAUACAGGUUACGAUGUGUCCUCAGUGAAGCUGGCAAACCAAGCCUCUGCAAAGCGUCAGCUUUUACAUCAGAUGACAUGGCAAAGUUGACUGAACAAAUGCUUGAUAUUAACAAAAAGUUGACAACAGUGAUGGAUGCGCAGACAAGUUUAGAGAAAAGACUAAAAAACAUUUAUAGAUUCCAAAUAUUCUUUUUCAUGAUGGUUAUCUUAGUCGCAGUUGCAGUCACCCUAGUGCUUAAUUGGAAUAUAGUCCCAUUGAAUAGAUACAAUGUGAACUCGUGCAUUCCCUCAUUCUUCCAAUAGCUACAUUAUCACCCACAAAUUGUAAAUUAGAUGAAUUUGUGAGGAAUUAUGGUCUGCUUUAGAUGUAGCUUUUUAUAAAUGAUGUGCCUUGUUUUCAUGCUUUUAUAAUGUUUAACUGUAAAGUCCAAAUUCUCAGUUUUCCUCACUGAUUCCUCUAUUUUACUUUUAUUGGAGGGAAAAUGAGUUCCAAGACAUUUUAUUCAAACAUUGAUACUGAAGAUUAAACUCAUGAAGUAAUUUUUACAUUUAGAAAAAAUUUAAUACACGUACAUUUUAUCGGGUGACAUCAAGACAUGCAUGGUAAAAACAUUUCAAGAUUAUUCUGUGUCAAUCAAAAAUAUAAGAAGUGAAGAAAGCUAAAUGAAUAAAAAAAUUAAUAGACUCCUUAAAAUUCUACUUUGAGAUUUUGGAUAACAUUCCUUAACCUGAAAUUAUUAGUCCUAUAUUAUUGAGAGAACUAAGAAAAAAAUAUUGUGUCAAAUAUUCUAAGUGCACAAAUUCAAUAUUUCUGUGUUUCAGUGAACAAAAAAUGCUGUGUAUUUAUCACAAUAUCACUUAAAAGUGUAAAAUAGCCCAGUAUAUAAAAAAGAAAUAAUGUAUAUUGCCUUUGAUAAAUUGAAUAUUUUUGACCAGCAGAUAUUUUUAGUUUAAAAAACUAUAAGAAGUUAAAAUGAAAAAUGUUUUUGUAAAAUAAGUGUUGGUUUUGUAUUUCAAUUUUGAAAUUGAAUAAAC